AUGCAGAGGCGAUUCCGGCAAGUCUUCACCGCUCUAAAAGAGCACAGCUCCGUGAGCUACGCCAAGAUCGCCACGGUUGGAGGGUUCUGCAACGUGGAGUUCAUCAUCAUAAAAGCAACAGCUCCGGAUGACUUACCGUUGCCGGAAAAGUACAUUCAAGAGCUCUUGAAAAUCUUCUCCAUCUCUCCAUCCACCCUGAGUGACUUCUCACUCAGCUUCUCUCGCCGCUUCGGCAAGACUCGAUGCUGGAGAGUUGCACUCAAGUGCUUGAUCCUCCUCCACCGUCUGCUCCGUGCAGUGCCCGACGACAGUGAGUUUAGGAGUGAGCUCCUUUGGACACGUUCCAUUGGCUUGCUGUCCCUCAACGACUGUCGCUUCCGUGACGAUUCCUCCUCGGCUUCAGCAGACUACACAGCCUUUGUGAGAUCCUAUGCUCAGCUCCUUGACGAAGCUCUUCAUUGCUUUUGCUUGGAUAACGAGGCACCCGAAGAACCACAAAAACAAUAUCAAGAGGAAGGAGAAGAAGGAGAAGGAGAAGAUGAACAAGAGGAAGAAGAUGAUGAACCGCAAUUUCAGAGCUUAUCAACCAAAAUGGAAGAAAUUAGUCGAAUGCUUGAAAUGUUGCCGCAGCUACAAAGCCUAACUGAUCGAGUCAUGGACUGCCGGCCAACUGGGCCGGCAGCUAAAAGCUUCUUGGUCCAAAUGGCCAUGAAACUUCUCAUUCGAGACAGCUUUGUGUUUUACACAAUCUUUAGGAGGGAAAUUGUUAUGGUUCUUGAUAGCCUCUUUCAGAUGCCUUAUCGGAACUGCAUAUCAGCUUUUGAGAUUUACAAGAAGGCAGCAGUGCAAGCAAAUGACCUUUGUGAAUUCUACGACUGGUGUAAGGCAAUGGGAUUGUGUGGUGCAUAUGAGUAUCCAUUUAUCGAUCGAAUCCCACAUAUUCAAAUCCAUGCUCUAGAGAACUUCCUCCAUGGAAUGUGGCAGUUGACAGAUCAGUCCUCUUCCACGCCGACCUCAUCGUCAUCCUCUUCUUUGGUGGAGUGCUCUAGUGAAACUGUAACGGAGGACGACAGCAUUCUUGUUAGUACAAAAUGGGAGAAGCCAUUGAUUCAGUUCGGUGGGGAUCACGAGAACGAAAAGGCCUUAAUUCUGUUUGGGAAAGAUGCGGAGGAGAAGAUGUUGAUUCAGUUUGAAGAAGUGGAGGAGAGCUGGGAGAGCAUUCUGGAAGCUUCCAUCAAUGUCUCACCUUCUUAUCAACAAAACAAUAUGUUGUGCUUGUACAAUCCGAACGUCGUUAAUCCUUUCUAUCACCAUGGAUUUGUUACAACCAACAACGCCAUUCCUUCCUUAAUCUAG